GUAUCUGCCCCUUGGCUUGUUGACGUGAAAACUAACGCGCACUUCGUCGCCUGCCCUCAUCCGGGCAGGUUAUUCGUUGGAUUUUUCGCUGCUUUGGCCGUUUGUAUUGCUGCGGCUGCUGCUGCUGCGGGAUUCGUUCAGCAGCUGCAGUUUAGCGGCGGAUCUCAGCUCAGAAAGAGCCGCGUCAGAGAGGGAGCGGAGAGGAGGUCCGGGACGGAUGUGGAUGUGUGACAUCACGUCGCGCAGAUUCAGCGCUAAAACCGCCGCUGCUACUACGACUAGCGCCUAUUCGAGACGGAUUCCCCGCCAAGAAGAAGACAGUUCUAAUGGGGGCAAAUUCUAAAACGAGACGAGAAAAACAAAGAUUAACACAUUUGCCAGAGCAGGAUCGGAGUGAUUAGACGUGUGACGCUAUUUCGACUGAGCCAGCUGAUUGGAUCCGAGGCGCGGGCUAUCAGUGCGCUAAUAUUGAAGGUCUUACCAGUGCUUCUUCGGGACUGACGUAAUUGUGUUUUGAUUAGAGCUUGUGUAAUUCGCAGGAAGAGAGAUACAGACAGAAAAGAUUGCUUGAAUUUUAUCGCAUCUACCCAAGAGCAGCGCGUCUUUGGUGCCUUAUCUUGAAAAGGAUUCAGUUUCGCGUUAAGCUUACGCUUGCUGCAAAAGUGACGACACGGAGCACACAAUUAGUCUAUCUGUGACACCUAAGGAUUUGCAAUAACGCAACAAAAAUGUACCAGCGAAGCCUUGAAGUACGAUCACCUCGUCCCUCGAGUCGUCGUCCCAGCCGAGCCGAAGGUACGGUCGCCGGUGAAAUCAGAUGCUCACAGCAGUCCAUCCUCAAUUCCAUGGAACGUUUCGUUAAAUCGAUAUCCAACAUGGACUCAACGGUUCUUGUGCCUAGUCGAUUGCGUGAUCUGGAUGCCACUGCCGGCAAGGUCACACCGCCAGCCGCCGUACGUUCCGGAGAUUUGCAUUCGCUUUUUACGAUGCUUCACGAUGUCAAAAAAGAGCUUCUCUGGUGUGCUCCUGGCAGUUCGCAAAAUUCUAAUCUUCAUCUCCUCAGCGGGUCUCGUGAUACGGGAUCGUACAAAGUUCAACAUGACUUCCACCAUUAUUCGCACGGUUCCAGCCUAAGGGUACCAUCCAUAACCCCGCUGCAGGGGUCUCAUCAACUGCAUCUUAGCACCGGUUCUGUGGCUUCAGCUAUCUCAGACGGAGAUACUGAUUCGGAGUCGUUGUGCGACUUCGUCGAGAAUGAUUACGGAGUACAGCUGGCCAGCACAUUCCGUCUGCAUCUUCAAGGGCUCCAUUCGAUUUUACAUCAGUUGGCCGAAUCUGCCGAUUUCUUGUCUGAACGUUACCUCGAAGACAUCGAACCAACAAUUUGACUUUACUUAAAUGAUAUUCUUGUGUCACAGAAAUUUUGCUGACAGUAUGUAGAACCGUAAGAAGUGUAUGUCUGUAAUUAGCAUCUGUUGGGCGGUAGGACGGUUAGCGUGAUUUCACUGUCAUUGCAGUGUAUAGUCGUGCCCCUGACUUGAUUAGAGUAAAUGAAACCAUGAUUUCUGUGUAGAUUUCCCUAAAACGAUGAGAACAUUGACUGAUUUCGCGUCACAACGUGAGUCGUCAUAUUGGUCGCAUCCGACAUUCUACGUACUGGUAUAAUAUAUAGUGUUUAACAGAAUAUUUAGCUCAAACGGUAAUUAGCUAUGCGAGAGUUGAUCAACAAGUCAGUUUUUCCUGCUAACAAAAAGGACCAGCUGUUUGUUUGAUAAUCAAAACAGGCUCCAGCAGACUUUCUAGCUAAAAGGUUUAGGUCUUAAUACUGCUACGAAACUUCGGUAGGUACCGAAUCGCUCAUAACCAAGAAACUAUAUAUAAGUCAAUUUAAUGAACUAGCUAAUUGUCAAGGGACUUUUACUAUGCAUUUGAAGGAAAACAGACAUCUUCUGUCCCGUGGGAGGAAAUGGCUUUGAUUGUGCAAAGACGCAAGCAUGUUUUACAGACCUCUAUCAGAAAGCAUCGGAAAUUAUUCAGGGUAUUUCUACAAGAAGAAGGUAAAUAGAACUAUGAAAACAGACCAACUAAAUGGGACCAACUCUGAGACAGCCAGAACACAGAAUGUUUUUCAUUAUGAGUCAAUAGAAUAGAGAGAAAGCCCUUGUACGUUAACGCUCGGUUUACCCUUAUUAAUUUUCUUAAUUAUGCACCGAUUUUACAGACUCUACAGUCGACGACCAAAGCAGCAAAGCUAGAAAAACGGCGAACAACUUUCUAUGCCUUUCAACGAAUGCACAAAAUUACCUUUUUGUACUUAUAUAUAUAUAUAUAUAUAUAUAUGGGGCCUGCACAUUUAGAAAGUGGUAUAUAUCUGAUAUUGACGCAAUAAAUUAGAUUUUGUUGGUAGAAGUAA